CCACUAAAUUUUUUAUCGUGCUCAUUAAUCGCGAAGAAAGAUCUGGUACGAACAGGUGGAGGGACCUGGGUCCUGCAAGUGAGCGAUUAUAUAACACAAGUGCAAAAGUUCAGACCAUCAGUUAUCGCCCAUAUUCUACCGGUGGUACUACCUACAACAAUGAGAGCGCUGGUUUGUUCUGCCGUGUUCGCGGCUUGCUUGAUUUCACUCGGUUUUGCUGAAGAUGUUGAGAAGGCCUUUAGCAGUAACGAAAUAGACAAAGAUGUGAUCAAACCAUUGCCCCAGAAGAAGCUCCAAAUCCACUACCCCAAAACGAAACAAAUAGUCAACCUUGGCAACGAACUGACGCCAAAGAACGUGCGUGAUCUUCCAGAAGUUACCUACGAAUCCGACCCCAAAGCCUUUUACACCCUUUCGAUGUCCGAUCCAGACGCACCAAGCAGGAAGAACCCUACUCGCAGGGAAUUCCAACAUUGGCUGGUGGUGAACAUUCCCGGAUCCGACCUGUCCAAAGGGGAGGUGCUGAACGAAUACGUUGGUUCCGGACCACCAAAAGGCACCGGACUUCACCGAUACGUCUUCUUGCUAUUCAAACAACCCGGAAAGGUCGAUUUCAAGGAGCCCAAACACUCGAAGACCGACGGGAAUAGAGGCGGUUUCUCUGUGCAAAAAUUCGCGAAAAAAUAUAAUUUGGGAGAUGCCGUAGCUGGAAAUUUCUUCCAGGCACAAUAUGAUGAUUCUGUACCGGAGUUGCACAAGCAAUUCAAGGCUUGAAUGGGCACAUUUAUGAUUUUUAAUUAAUUUAAGUUAUUUAUUAUUACGUUAGGCUAGUUUUUAUUAAAUUCUCAAGUUUUUUGGGAGCGUAAUAAGCUUUUCGAGGUAAAAUAUAUAGCUGCAUUUUUGUGAUCAAUAAAAACUCCAUCUAAAAACUC